GGGGGCCUUGCGUGAGCUGCCACUUCUGAGAGUUGAUGUCAGCCCUACUUCCUGAGCCUCGGCAGAGGGCAGCCCGUCGCAGAUUCCAGGGCGGCUGCUGGCGGAUCGCACCCACAGGGAGAUGAUUCCUCAUGAAGAGCCUGGAUCCCCUACAGAAAUCAAAUGUGACUUUCCGUUUAUCAGACUGAAAGCAGAGCCAGCCAGAGAGUGAAACGGUCACCGUGGAGGGGGGACGGCGAAAAAUGAAAUCCAACCAAGAGCGCAGUAACGAAUGCCUGCCUCCCAAGAAGCGCGAGAUCCCCGCCACCAGCCGGCCCUCGGAGGACAAGGCCACGGCUGUGCCCAGUGACAACCACCGCGCGGAGGGCGUGGCAUGGCUCCCGGGCCACGCGGGCGGCCGGGGCCACGCGGGCGGGCGGCUCGGGCCGGCGGGGCCCCCGGCAGAGCUCGGUUUACAGCAGGGAAUAGGUUUACACAAAGCGCUGUCCGCGGGGCUGGACUACUCCCCGCCCAGCGCGCCCCGGUCCGUCCCGGCGACCACGACGAUGCCCGCGUACCCGCCCCCGCAGUCCGGGGCCCCGGUGUCGCCCGUGCAGUACGCCCACCUGCCGCACACCUUACAGUUCAUCGGCUCUUCCCAGUACGGCGGGCCCUACGCCGGCUUCAUCCCUUCUCAGCUGAUCUCCCCCACGGCCAGCCCCGUCACCAGCGCGGUGGCCUCGGCCGCAGGGGCCGCCACUCCAUCCCAGCGCUCCCAGCUGGAGGCCUAUUCUACCCUGCUGGCCAACAUGGGCGGCCUGAGCCAAGCCUCGGGACACAAGUCUGAGCUGCAGCAGCAGCACUUGGGCAGGACCGCGGGGCUCCUGCCCCCCGGGUCCCCACCACCCACCCAGCAGAACCAGUACAUGCACAUCUCCAGCUCGCCGCAGAGCGCCGCGCGCCCGGCCUCCCCGCCGGCCAUCCCCGUCCACCUGCACCCGCACCAGACGAUGAUCCCGCACACGCUCACCCUGGGGCCCUCCCCGCAGGUCGUCGUGCAGUACACCGACUCCGGCAGCCACUUCGUCACCCGCGAGGCCACCAAGAAAGCCGAGAGCAGCCGGCUGCAGCAGGGCGUGCAGGCCAAGGAGAUCCUGAACGGGGAGAUGGAGAAGGGCCGCAGGUACGGGGCGCCCACUGCAGCCGACCUGGGCCUGGUGAAGGCGGGUGGCAAGGCCGUUCCCCACCCGUACGAGUCCAGGCACGUGGUGGUCCACCCCAGCCCUGCCGACUACGGCGGCCGCGACUCCUCCGGGGUGCGGGCCUCUGUGAUGGUCCUGCCCAACAGUAGCACCCCUGCCGCCGACCUGGAGGUGCAGCAGGUCACCCACCGAGAGGCCUCCCCCUCCGCCCUCAACGACAAAAGCGGCCUGCACCUAGGGAAGCCCGGGCACCGCUCCUACGCGCUGUCUCCCCAGCAGGCCCUGGGCCCCGAAGGCGUGAAGGCCGCCGCUGUCGCCACGCUGUCCCCCCACACGGUCAUUCAGACCACACACAGUGCUUCGGAGCCCCUCCCGGUUGGACUGCCGGCCACAGCCUUCUACGCAGGGACUCAGCCGCCCGUGAUCGGCUACCUGAGCAGCCAGCAGCAAGCGAUCACCUAUGCCGGCGGCCUGCCCCCGCACCUGGUCCUCCCCGGCACCCAGCCCCUGCUCAUCCCUGUGGGCAGUGCUGACAUGGAGGGGUCGGGUGCGGCCUCGGCCAUCGUCACGUCGUCGCCCCAGUUUGCUGCAGUGCCUCACACGUUCGUCACCACCGCCCUUCCCAAGAGCGAGAACUUCAGCCCCGAGGCCCUGGUCACCCAGGCCGCCUACCCAGCCAUGGUGCAGGCCCAGAUCCACCUGCCCGUGGUGCAGUCGGUGGCAUCCCCUGCAGCCGCGCCCCCUACGCUGCCUCCCUACUUCAUGAAAGGCUCCAUCAUCCAGCUGGCCAACGGGGAGCUGAAGAAAGUGGAGGACUUAAAGACGGAAGACUUCAUCCAGAGCGCAGAGAUCAGCAACGACCUGAAGAUCGACUCCAGCACGGUGGAGCGGAUCGAGGACAGCCACAACCCGGGCGUCGCCGUGAUACAGUUUGCUGUCGGGGAUCACCGAGCACAGGUCAGCGUGGAAGUUUUGGUAGAGUAUCCUUUUUUUGUGUUUGGACAGGGCUGGUCAUCCUGUUGCCCGGAGAGAACCAGCCAGCUCUUUGAUUUGCCGUGUUCUAAACUCUCCGUUGGGGAUGUCUGUAUCUCGCUCACCCUCAAGAACCUGAAGAAUGGCUCUGUUAAAAAGGGCCAGGCCGUAGAUCCCACCAGUGUCCUGCUGAAGCACUCAAAGACCGACGGCCUCGCGGGCAGUAGACACAGGUACGCCGAGCAGGAAAACGGGAUCAAUCAGGGAAGUGCCCAGAUGCUCUCUGAGAAUGGCGAACUGAAGUUUCCAGAAAAAAUAGGAUUGCCUGCCGUGCCCUUGCUCACCAAAAUAGAACCCAGCAAGCCCGCGGCCACGAGGAAGAGGAGGUGGUCGGCGCCGGAGAGCCGCAAACUGGAGAAGUCGGAAGACGAGCCACCUUUGACUCUUCCUAAGCCUUCUCUCAUUUCUCAGGAGGUUAAGAUUUGCAUUGAAGGCCGCUCUAAUGUAGGCAAGUAGAGGCCGUGUGGGGAAAGGAAAUCUGGCCCUCCUUUAUCAUUUGUAUCCAGAUUACUGUACUGUAGGCUAAAUAACACAGUAUUUACAUGUUAUCCUCUUACUUUAGGGUUCUGUUAUAACCUUGUCCUUAGAGUUACAGCGGGGGUUGGGCAGGAGAUGGUGCAUAUGCUUUUUCCACGCGUGUCUCUCAGCGGGUGGGCAGGCAGGGGCUGGGGCAGGUCCAGCCCGGGCUCUGGGCGGGCGUCCUGGUGGAAAUGAACGUGGCCCCAUGGUGCCUGCCUUUUCUAGCAGUGCAGAUGCACCCAUGGGGUGCCGACUUCUCCCGGUUUCGGGACGACGGGCUGCAGGGGGUGCGUGCGUGCGUGCAAGUGAGGGUGCCCGGGUGCCACGGCAGGUGAGGGUCUCUUUCUCUCUGCCUCCCUCUCUCUUGCUCUCAGCACGGGAUUGGAGGUCUAGGGGAAUGUCCUCAUGAGGUUCUCAUGUGCAAAAUCAGCAUCAGGACCCCAGGUUCAGGGCAUCCCAGAGAGGCCGUCAGACAGCAGAUGGAAAACUAACUGUGUAAAAGAACAUUUUUUUUUUCCUCCAACAUAUUUUACAAUAAAAGCGACUUUUAAUCAUAGAGAUAUAUAUUCCCCCCAUGGGGCCUGACUGCACUGAUAUUUUUUUAAAGAGCAACUGCCACCCGUGGGAUUUCGUUUCUGCUUUACGAGUGCAGUGAUGUCUCCAGGGCAUCGUGGUGGGCAGGGCAGCCCCUGCUGCCAUCGCUCCGCACCCGGGGGGUGGUGGUGGGCAGCAGGGGUGGCAGAGAGUGAAACCCACCCUGGUCUCUGUGCAGUGUUAGGAAAACCAAUCAGGUUAAUUGCAUUGACUUCACUCCCAAGAGAUAGACACAAACUGCCCUUCAAGAGAGCCGCGGAAGCUCUUCGCAUUGGGUUUGCAAAUCUUCUGUCUUUUAACUCUAGUACUGUUUAUAGUUCAUGACUAUGGACAACUCGGGUGCCACUUUUUUCAGAUUCCAGUGUGACGUGAGGAAUUAGAUUUUGAAGAUGAGCAUAUAUAUUACUAUCUCUAAGCACUUAAAAUGCUAUUCACACUUUAUUACCAAGCAUCUUGGUCUCUCAUUCAACAAGUACUGUAUCUCACUUUAAAC